GCGGCGAAUGGUUCACCACUUUAACUUUAUCGUAAAUUCACAUAGAGGAGCUGCCCAAACAACAUAUCUCCCUCAGUACUGAAAACUAGAUAAAGAAAGGAUACUGGGAAUGCACGUGUUAUUAAUAGAAGAACAUUUGGAGUAUUUUACGGUGGGAGUUCUGAUGCUAAGUUAGCGAAGUUCGUUAGAAAUAAUAACAGCCAUUCAAUUUAUCGUAGAACUUAUACGCUCAGAAUUGGAGCUAGUGCUAACAAGCUUGUUCCGUUAAUGUAGUUUCCUGUUUUAACUUGGCUGGCUAGCUACACGUUUUAUACAGUCACCAAAUUGACGUGUUUAACUUAACAUCUGUACAAGACAUUUUCUACGGACAAGAUUCCGACGCAGUAGCUGUAGAAGUAAAACGAUAUCGCGAAAGCUAGUUAUGAGUGCUAGCUAGCGAGUUGCUAGCCGCUCUACCAACCGCUCGGCGUUCUGUGUUGACGACGUCGCGCGAGCUAAGCCUUUCUGGACGGCGAAGACGGUUUGUUUUGAUCGCGCGAUGCUCCACUUUAAUGGAGGGUAGUUAGCUAGCAUAGCUAGCUUGGUAAGCUAGCUGUCUUAUGGGGUCCGUGUAGUUCCUUGUGGAAACGAUUGUGACUGCAAAAAUCUUUUGUUACUAUGGCAAAUUGCGUGUAAUCUCUAUUAGCUAGCUAUCGAGCUAGAAGGUAUCUAGGUUGUCUAUAAACUAAGGAAAGUUAAAUAAAGCUAUUAAACACUAACAAGCUGACAAACGUACGUUACGUUGCUGACACUGGAAAACUAUUUACUCAGCCGAGUGGUGGCUAGCUAAGUAUCCAGUUUAGCCGUAGCUAGCUAGCUAUUUAUUUUAAGUUGGUGGAUGCGUUCCUGUCUUUGGCCGUGUUCAGACACAAAGUAUUUAGCUAGCUAACCAAGAUAGCUAGUUAACUAGCUAACCUAGCUAGCGUUAGCUAAAAUUUAGCCCCUAUUCAACUUUCCUCAGUGUUGACAAGUGUAGACGCGAGUUGGUGUUUUAUCUGUGGGAAUUAUUAUUCUUGUCUUUGGACAUGGAAGAUUCAAAACCACGAUACAGCAAACGACUGCGGUCGGGCACACGCCGCCGUUAUCAUGAUGAUGGGAUCUCUGAUGAUGAGAUUGAGGGGAAAAGGACCUUUGACCUGGAAGAGAAACUACACAGUGACCGCUUCAGCUCUGACAGGGUCAAACGCAUGGAGGGAAAAGAUUUCACGUUUGAGUAUAUCCAGAGAGGUGGACUGAGGGACCCAAUUAUCUUUGAGAGACCAGAUGGGCUUGGACUCAAGAUGCCAGAUCCAGACUUCAGUGUGAAUGAUGUGAAGAUAUUUGUUGGCAGUCGGCGGGUGAUAGAUGUGAUGGACGUAGCCACUCAGAAGGGCAUUGAGAUGUCAAUGGCUCAGUGGAGACGAUACUAUGAGACUCCACCAUCCCAGAGAGAGAAACUGUACAAUGUCAUCAGCCUGGAGUUUAGCCACACCAAAUUAGAAAAUUUAGUAAACAGACCAGCCACGGUGGACAUGAUUGAUUGGGUGGACAAUAUGUGGCCACGACACUUAAAGGAAAGGCAAAGGGACUCCACUAACUCAAUCAUAGAUAUGCAGUACCCUAAAGUACAAAAGUACUGUCUGAUGAGCGUGCAGGGCUGUUAUACAGAUUUCCACAUAGACUUUGGAGGCACGUCUGUGUGGUACCACAUACUUAGAGGAGGCAAAGUAUUCUGGUUAAUCCCUCCCACACCACAGAACCUGGAGCUCUAUGAGAACUGGGUGUUGUCUGGGAAACAAGGAGACCUCUUCCUUGGCGACAAAGUCACAGAUUGCCAGAGAAUUGAACUUAAGCAGGGCUACACAUUCAUUAUCCCAUCAGGUUGGAUUCAUGCAGUGUAUACGCCUGUGGACACUCUUGUUUUUGGUGGAAACUUCCUACAUAGCUUUAACAUCCCUAUGCAGCUCAAUAUCAACAGCAUUGAGGACAGGACACGGGUGCCAGCUAAGUUCCGUUACCCCUUUUACUACGAGAUGUGUUGGUAUGUGCUGGAGCGCUAUCUCUACAGUCUGACCAACACGUCCUACCUCAUCCCUGAAUUUCAGAAACACUCUUUGGGCAUCGGCCUCAAACGAGACCUCUCCAGUUGCGAGACACUCAAUGGACAUGCAAAGGAAGAGGAUGAAGAUGAUGCCUCCUCUCUUCCGAGUCGGCCUGGAGUCAAAGUUCACCUGACACCUUUUGAGCUGGAGGGGUUGUGGAAUUUGCUGGGGAGGCUAGAGGCUCUCCCGUCCCACAAGAAGUGUGUUCCUGCAGGGAUACACAAUGCCCCGGCUCUGCUACAUGACAUACGUGCAUUACUUAAAGAACAUGCUAAUGAUAUCCCCAAACUCUCAUAUACUGGAAGACCUGUUGUUAAAUGGCCUAAGAGGCCGUCCUGGUACCAGCCUCCGCCUCCCCCUGCUCCAGUAGGGCGUCCCAAACUGGCCACCACGCCCAUCAUCCCACGGCCGAUAAAGCCAGCCUCCUCCAUGUCGGUGCUUCGGCGCCGGCGCGUACGUUGUAAGCGAUGCGAGGCAUGUCUGCGCACCGAAUGUGGUGACUGCAACUUUUGCAGAGACAUGAAGAAGUUUGGUGGCCCCGGCAAGCUGAAGCAGACCUGCGUCCUCCGCCAAUGUCUAGCUCCUGGUCUGCCUCUCUCAGCGGUGUGUGAGAUUUGUGAGGAAGGGAACCAGGAGACAGGAGAAGAGCUCAUGGAGUGCUCCAACUGUGCUCAGAUUGCUCACCCAGGCUGCCUAAAGGUACCUGGAGAGGGUGUAAUAAACAAAGAUCUGCCAAGUUGCUGGGAGUGCCCCAAAUGUGUUAUGGGCAAAGAUACAGACUCUGAGUCGUCGGGCAGUGGUGAUGACAUCAUGGCUCAGGAGGGGUCGGGGGGGCUAAGGGGCGAGGGCGGGGCGUGGCACGGGGUCGGGCGGCCCCCUUCCUCUCUCUCCCACGGGUCGCUACGGAAACGGGUGCUGGCCCCAGAGCAGCGGCUCAGGAAGAGGAUGAAAUUGGAAGGAGGCAAAAUGCAUAAACGCAAGUCUUCUUCACUGGAUCCUCGUGUAGCUAAAAUCUACAGGAGACAUGGAAUGGAGCGGGGAGAUGAUUCAGGCAGUGAGGAUGAGGAUGGAGAUGGAAGGAGAAAGAUAUCGCUCCACUCGAGGGGUGGGGCAUCCACUCGCCGUAGUUAUGGUAGGCGGGGUGUAUGGAGAGGCUCCUCCCGCAGAGGGGGCAGUGGCAUGGCCACUAAUUCGGCCUCCCUGAAAAUAAGGCGAGGACUUGGUGUGAGGGGUGAGCGCGGGGGGCGUGUUCGUUUACGAGGAGGGUCCAGAAUGCAGCGGAGGCGUUAUGAAACGGAGGACGACGACGAUGAUGACGAUGAUGAGGAAGAUGAUGAGGAAGAAGAGGAUGAAAGUGAUGAUGAUGGGCACAUUAGCCGGUCGGGAAAGGAGCACCGCUCCCGUCGUCGACGGCGCAGAGGUGAAGAGGAUGACGACGAUGAUGAGGAUGAGGAUGAUGAUGAUGAUGAUGAAGAGGAGGAGGAGGAUAGUGAGGAACGGGACUUUGAUGGUGAAGAUGAAGAGAUGGAGGACCUGGACGAUGGAGGAGAAGAGGACGAAGAAGAGGGUGAGAACCACUCUGACUCGGAACCUGACCCUCCUGUAUUGCUAGUCUCUGACUUGAACGAUGACCUGUUAAAUGGGUCAUACCUGACAGUCACACUGCAGCGCCCCCCCAAGGCCAAACGUGACCCUGGCUCUAUUGUACCCAAACUUGAGGCUGCCAUGUCUCCUCGUACUCCUGGCACUGCUGACUUUGUCCAGCGCAAAUCCCUCCACAAGUAUCGCCACAAAAAUGGCAGCAGUUCCCUCAAUGCCGGCAAUGGCCUCUCCCAGCCCAAAGGUGCCCUGGCACCCAGCCGGUACACACGCCACAGGGGCUCCAACUAUGACAGCCGAGAGAGGGAUACUGCCUCGCCUUCUUCCACAUCCUCUCGCUCUUCUAUCUCCCCUCCUCCUCCCCCACCUGCCGCCACCAGCACCUCUCCCCCCUCCCUCCUCUCUCAUCCCUCCUUCCGGGAUGUGGGGAAUGAGCCAGGCUGUGAGAAGGAAGUGUGGGUGUCUGUGUUCCGCUACUUGAGCCGGACAGAACUGGCUGUGUGCAUGAGGGUUUGCAAGGCCUGGUAUAAAUGGAGUUUUGAUAAGCGUUUGUGGGCUCAUAUGGACCUUAGUCGGUGCCGCUCCCUCAGUGCCCAGGCUCUGUCGGCCAUCAUCAAGCGACAGCCCGUCACACUUGACCUCUCAUGGACGCCUGUGUCCAAGAAACAGAUCACCUGGCUCAUCCACCACCUACCAGGUCUGAAAGAUCUGGUCAUGUCAGGUUGUUCAUCGUCAUGUCUGUCAGGCUUGAGUUCUCAGAGUAGCCCCUGUCUGCGCACUCUGGACCUGUGCUGGGCUGAGGGCAUCAAAGACUCUCACCUCAGAGACCUUGUCACUCCACCAGGUAGUGAAAACCGCAGCAGGCUGAGAGGCUUACUGUCACUGCGGUUAUCAGGUCUGGAAGUGAGCGACUCCACUCUGAGACUCAUAAUCAGACACAUGCCAUUGCUGAGGAGGUUGGACCUAUCUCACUGCCGUGACCUCUCGGAUCAGUCAGUCAGCAUACUCACAGCCAGUGGCUGCAACAUGCGCAACACCCUCCGAGAGAUCAGCCUCGCAGGCUGUAAUAAGGUUACAGAUGCCUGUCUCUCCUACAUGAAGCGCCUGUCUGCUCUCACUCUACUGGACUUGCGGGGCUGUAAGGGUGUGACACGACUUGGUUGCGAGAACUUCAUUUCUGACCUCUCCUACUGUACCUUCUUCUGCUUGAUGGAAGACAAACUUAUUCAGAGAAUAUCUUAACACCCACACACAGAUAUACAAAUGUGCUCUCACACAGCUGUGCUCUACGGGCUCCAUCACAGUGCUCCGACAAGACUCGAGCUCCCUCACACAGUCCAGUGGGGAGGGUUGACGGAUGGACAGAGGCCGCGCCCCGGAAAGAGGAUGAAAACACAGAGUCUGAUGGAGAGUGUGAUGUCCUUUUUUGCAGUACGAUUAGCGGGAGACCAGGCAUUAGGCUUAUUCAAAGUGACUUCUAAAGAAGAUGGCAAGGUUCAUGCACUUGAAUCUGAAAUAAAAUGUAGUGAAUCCAAACUAACUAGGAUUCCAUGGAUGAACAGGAGCAGCCUGACAGUAGAGGGUAGUAAGAAGAGGUUCUAAAAUGGUGCCACAAACCACGCUGUAUCGGAUAAACCUCGUUAUGAAUGUUGUAAACCAGCAUUAACGUGGGGUUGGGUGGGGUGGGAAGAAACCAAGCAUGGUGCAAUGUGUGAUGUUUAGCCUACAAAAAUCUGUAGUGCAGAGGAGAAAAUGGCAAGCACUUGCCAAUGGAAAAUACACUCAUCUUCGAUUACUUUAGCCUACUACUUCAAAUGGCCUCGCAUAUGAAAAUACACGUCCCCCCCCCCUUUUUUUUUUUCUCCCCUCAUUCUUUUCUGUCCUGGACAUGUUCUGAUUUCAUGCCUUUUGAAGCUCUGAGGUUUUGGCUUCCUCUUUCUGCUUGUAUGUUUUCACCAACUUGCUCUACUACACAGAGUGUCGUCAGGGUCUACCUAGCACAAAUGCCUUUUUUUUUUGCUGUUUGCGUUCUCAUGUAUCUUCUGUGCUUGUCUGUUUCCUCCUGUGCAAAGCAUUUUCCUCCCUUUAGAUCUGCUGGAUUGUUCAUAGUGUACAUCUUUUUUCUUUCUUUCUUCCCCCCCCCUUUUUUUUCUUUCAAAAGCAGUGUCUUAACGCAGCUUGUAGCAAUAUUUUUUUUUUAUUUUUUAUUUUUUUUUGCAAGAAAAGUGAAAAUAAACACCACACUUCAUUCAAGAUUUGUGGCCAAGUAUAA